AUCAGGGCCCAGCACGCUCCCCCAGAGCCCACACCCUCUGCUGUCCCCCUGCCCGCCUGGCCAGGGCCCGGCCGCCCGCCGUGGAUGAGCCACAGGACCUCCUCCACCUUCAGAGCGGAGAGAAGCUUCCAUUCCUCCUCCUCGUCCUCCUCAUCCUCAUCCUCCUCAGCCUCCCGUGCCCUCCCAGCCCAGGACCCGCCCAUGGAGAAAGCCUUGAGCAUGUUUUCCGAGGAUUUUGGCAGCUUCAUGAGGCCCCACUCAGAGCCCCGGGCCUUCCCAGCCCGUUCCGGGGGGCCGGGCAACAUCAAGACCCUCGGGGACGCCUAUGAGUUUGCAGUGGAUGUGAGUGACUUCUCACCUGAAGACAUCAUUGUCACCACCUCCAACAACCACAUCGAGGUGCGGGCUGAGAAGCUGGCAGCCGACGGCACAGUCAUGAACACCUUCGCUCACAAGUGCCAGCUGCCCGAGGACGUGGACCCCACUUCCGUGACCUCGGCCCUGAGGGAAGACGGCAGCCUCACCAUCCGGGCCCGGCGUCACCCACACACGGAGCACGUCCAGCAGACCUUCCGGACAGAGAUAAAAAUCUGAGGGCCUCCCCUUUCCUGUCCCCCCCACUCCCCCCUUCUCCCCCACUGGCCUGCCAGAGACAUUUUCCUCACCUCUCAUGACAGCUUGCAGAACAUCUCAGCUCAAGUUCCAGGCCCUGACACCAUCAGACCCCGGGUGGGUCAACCCCGCCCCCCGCAACUGAGGCCUUCUGCCUCACCUGUGGCCUCCAGAUUCCAGAUGUGGCCUCUUUCCCUUAAUCCAGAAUAAAGGGAUUGAGAUUGGAAAGGGAGACCCCAAAGAGCCCACUUUGGGGAAGGGGUCUGGGACAGGCAGGAGCACUAGGCAAAUAAUCUGCAGGACAGACAGAUGGACAACUCCUUUGAUCUAUGGAGUCCCUGCGGGGGGACAGGGACCUGGGACCCCCUUGGCCAAGGGGAGCGGGCGAGGAAGAGGCAGAUAUUAGCGGAGGUGCUGAUCCCCGGCCGUGGCGGGAACCCUCUUCUCUGCCACUCCCCGAGCCCCAAACCAGCUGCCAGGCUCCCUGCUCCCCGGUGUCCCCACCCACCAGCUGUGCCAGGGCAGGGCCACACAACGUCUGUACAUAGAUGGGGUUUUUCCGAUACAGAAGGUUCACGAUGAAAUUGCAACAAUUCUGCCCUCCGUUACCUGCUGUGCCCUCAGGCGAGGCCGGGCAGAGGGGUGGGGCUGGUCCCUCCUCCCACCUGGAGACCUGGGCUCCCGGGGCUGCUUCCGCAGACAGGUCCCCCAGAUGAGGUGAGAGAGAGAACAUGGAUGGGGCCUUGGGUCUUCAAGGUUGGACCCCGGCUUCUUGCCAACCUUCCCCCGCGGCCAGUCACCUCCCCCACAACCCUGCCCCUUCUUCAAUCAAUGAAUCUAUAAGGCUUGGUGUGUGUACAUACCACACACACGCCUAUUGUCCUGUCCUUCAAAUACUGAGCACGACCAUUGGUUGAGGCUGAAUGCAGAACAUUCUAAAAUCAGAUUUUUCAAUCUCCAUUUUUAUCAAUGGGGAAACUGAGUCUCCGAGUGGUUGAAUGCCCACCUUACUCAUUAAAGGUUGGAUUUGAACCCAGGCUGUGAAAGCUGCUCUCAAACGGCCCCACCCCCAACCCCUCUGUGCACUGGGGAGUAGUUCCCCUCAUUUUGUCCCUUACGGCCUAUGUCCCCCUGCCCCACAUCUUCCUGUUGGGAGAGAGGGCCCAGACCAUGGGAAGAGCCCCCAGCCCAGUUCCCUCCUAGUCUCCAGUCCAGGGCAGGGACCCCCAAUCAGCCUUCAUGCUGAGGAGCCCCAGACACCUGCAGUGACACUGGCUCAGUCUCCAACCUACAGAUGCAGGGGUGGAGGGAAAGGGGGUGGUUCACAGUAGUUGAGGCCCCCUGGGGCGAGAGGCGGGGCCAGCUUCUGACUUCUGCACCUCUUGGGUCAGUGUUCUAUAGGAUGGCCUCUGACGUGACCCUGCCAUUCUGGGGCCCUUAAGGGAUGGCUGGGGGGUGGGAGGGGGCAUGGGAGGACCCCAGCAUUGUACCCUGCACACACAAUAAACCACAGAAUCACAGA